GCGAAUAGAGCGAAUUGCUACAAGAGCAAUAAGAACUAUAUUAUUCGUUUCGAAGGAAACAUUAUGGCGGACGCCUGCAGACAUUUGGGCUUUUCAAAAAUCGUUUUCUAAGUAUAAUCGCGAGUUUUUAUUGAACUUUUUCGCAUAUUAUGGUGCAUUGUGUGUCCAACUAACUGUUUAUUGUGGUUUUUGGAGGUUUCGUUGGAUAAAUUGUCCAAAUGGCAAGGGAUAUAGGCAUAUUAUGGCUCAAUGUCGUUCCCACUUAAAAGUAAAGGAGUCAUUGAGAGUGAAAAAUACUAUUUAUACUAAUAAAGACGACAGCGGCUGUGAUACCUGCCAAGAAGAAAGUUUAAUUGACAGUAACCUGCUUGAGGUGGAUGGUGACACCGACCCAGCUGACCCUAGCUUGAAGAGCCCUCGCAAGCAGCGAGCACCCUCCUCCAUCACUCUCCGGUCAUCUCACAGAGGCAGACCUGAACAGGCUUUACCUGAUGUCGGAAAAACGGGGUCAUCUCCCACCACACAUUCCAACAUGAAAACCAAACAGGUCAAAGAUGAGUCGGACAAGAGUAUCGAUGAGGACGCUAUCAUAGAACCCAAGACCCGCGCUCGCAAGAAGGCAUCUGACAUAAUUGAAGAGGAAAAAAAUAAACCCGGUCAAGAUGAGCCAAAGACAUCCAAAGACUUAAAAAAACCUGUGGCCAAACCCAAGGCGGUCGUGAAGAAGCGACCUCUGGGCAUCAGGAAGGCUUUAAGGAGCAAAAAAACUGUGGUAUCAAAAGACAAAAUCAAAGCUGUAAUCAGACAGACUGUAACUCGAGGAAGAAAAGCUGCAGUCAAGCCUGCUUCUGGCAACUCUCAAGAAAAGGAAACCGUCCCAUUGAUUCCUAUCACCGAGAUCAAGAAGGAGCCUGUGGAAGAGGCCACACCGAACUCAAGAUCAUCAAGUCCUAAAACAGCUGGCAGAAGGCAGCGGCUCACCUCUGACAUGGUCAUGAUGAAGUCAGUCCUCGCAGACUCCCCGAGCAGCCUAGUGCUGGGACCACGGACUAGCCCAUAUUCAAUGCGAUCUGAAAGAAGUAACAGCCCAUUACUUUCGGAAGGGAAAAACCUUAGAAGCGGAAAACCAAGAAAAGUUAAAAGCAACUUAUUGAAUGAAGUUGUUAUGAAAGAGCAAAAGAAAAGGCGUCGAUUGCUCUCUGACUCAAAAGCUGAUGCCACAGAAGCUAGUGAAGACUGCAAGAAAUCGAAAAGGGGACGCUCCUGUUCUAGAGACGGCAGUGAGAUAUCCAAAUGCUCGGACAUCACUGAAUCAGACAUAAGUCUGAGUGAACCACUCAAUGAUGCGGAUGGCAAGGAGCUCAACAAAAAAUUAGAUAAAUCUAAGACUGACCUAGAUAUAGAUAUUGAAAAUAAUGUACAGAUCUCGACUACUGAAAAAGUGCCUUCUCUUACUGUUGACUCCAAUAUAGCUGAAACCAAAAUAGAUGCAGAACCUAGUUGUGUCGACAUUGAAAAAAAUAAGAAAAAAUUGAGCUUAAAAAGAAGUACUUCAUUAGACUCGGACAACAAUAAUAGUAAUAGGCUAAAAUUAGAGAAUUUAAAUUCGUCAGAUAUAGAACAGAAAAUAUUGAUGAAGACUGAAAAUAAUACGCUUUUUGAAGCUCGUAGUAGUAUACUGACUAGUAUGUCCAAGACUUUUAAUUCAAAGGAGAUGUCUAAAAAUAUCAGAAAAGCAAGAAGGGGGAGGAAAGCGGCGGCCACUCCGCGGCCCGCUCCGAGCGCGCCCAAGAGCUCCGCGCCCGUCGUCGCCAGCGACUCCACAGAAGACAAGCAAGAGACUCUCGAAACAUUAUCAAAGGAAAUUGACGACUUAAUUAAUAAUCUAGACCAGAACAUCGACCGUGAUCAUGAAAUGGCAACCGCUACAAACCCGGUCGAAAAUAUUUUAGAAGAAACACAGACUAAAACGGUCUCUAAAUUUUAUGGAAUAUCAAAGCCUCUCGGUGAUAAUAAUAGCAUAAUAACUCCUGAAACUCCAGUUAAAGAUAAAGAUUCGAUAUCAUCAGUGACGAAUGAAAAUACGCCUUCCAAGAAUGAUGAUAGCGAAAAUAUUAGACUGCACUAUGAAGAAGAUUCAGUUGAGAAAUCCACUGAUACCAAACACACUGAAAUAACUUAUAAAAAAGUUAAUCCUGUAGCUAGCAUUGAUAAAUUGAUGGACAGACUGAAGGAGUUUGAAGAAUUUGAUAAAAGAAGACAAAGACAAGAAUCUGAAUCCAAAUCAAGUGAUAACAAGUCAGUUAUGGUUUCAAAUGAUGUUGUAUUAAUACCAAAAUCUGGAGCUGAAAUAAAACCAUUGAAGGACAUUCAGUCUGUGAGGUCACCUGAAAGACCUUUUGAAAAAGAGAAUGUAUUAAGUUGUUUCGAGAAUAAUUCAGCUAUAUCAAUAGUCAAAAGGGAUCAAGUUAGAAAGUCUGUAGAUAUUGACUUCACCAAUUCUGUUACUUUAAUCAAAAGGAAUAGCAUAAGUGCUAGAAAAGAAUCGACUAGUUCCAAUCAUUCAAAAGAGUCAGAUGCAAUCAGCAUUUUUGAGAAGUCUUUGGGCAAGGAUGUAACAUUGACUGAGAUCAGGAAAUCCGUGGACAAGUCUGCACCAGCCGCUCAGAUUGAUAAACAUCAGUUGGCAACAGUCCAACCAAAUAAUGCAAGCCAAAACUUGGGAGGUGUAGUUUUGGACUCCAAUCAGAUCUCUAUAACUCCUAGAGUGGUUAACGACCCUAAAGUUAGCAAUAAUGAGGUCAAAAUAAUCACAAAACGGAAGUCUAGAGAAUCCAUAUCUAGGAAAUCGUCGGAGUCUGCAAAUGAGUCUGAAGAGAAGAUGGCUACAUUGGAAAAGAUAAAAUCGCCGGCGCAUCAGAUAAAGUCUCCGCCUGUGCCCUUACCUACGGCACCUGUGGCGGCCAAGUCCGAGGCCUCGCAGCCGAUAGAGACAGAAGCUCUUCCUCCACCUAUCGAAGAGUUAAAAGCAUUACCUGAAGACACAUCCCUGACCACAGAGAUCUCAAAGGUUGAAGGCACACCAAUAACAGAGGCUCAAAAGCCUGAACCUGUUGUGACGAAAGUGGUUGAUCCGGCGCCUAUUGUGGAGGCUAAGAUUGACGACAAAUCGCCAAGUCCUGCCAUCACCCAGGAAGAUAAAAGUCUGAAGCAAUCUCCAGAAAAGAUGGUGGUUGAUGAAAAACCUGAUGAUGCCAAAGUAGAAGAGACAAAACAGGUUCCGAGUGAGGAAAACAAGAUCAAAGCAACGGUGGAGAAAACCCCACCUGUUGAGCCCGCGAAACCCGUCCGUAGUACGAGUAGAAACAGCAAGUCUGCUCGGAAUUCUAUCGAAUGUCAAGCUGGUCCCAGCAACGUCUUGCAAGAGACUCCCGAGAGUCAGAAGCGCAAGGAAAACGUUUUACGGACGCUGGGCUUGCUGACGCACAAGGCAGCUAAAGAGGCGAAAAUUGAGAAAUUGAAGGAAAAAGAGCGCAUAUACAAGAGUAAAGCCGCGAAGUCCGCUUCGGGAGCGAGCGUCGUGCACACUGGAAGUCUGAAGGCUGUGAUAAAAAUUAACAGGAACUCUGGGGACAAGGAUAAGAAGAGAUAUAGGAGUUCCUUGAAGAUGACCUUCCAGAAAAGCAAGAAUCGAUCCGGGAAGCUGGCUCCGGACGGCGGCGAAGCGGCUGAUGAUGACGACACUUACUACACGAUAGAGAGGCGCGAGGGCGGCGCGGGCGCAGCUUCCGAUGAAACAGAAGCGGUCCCCGAGCCGUCCGAACCCAAGGAGACCCUGAACCUGGUAAUCCCGGAGAAGGCUUCUUCAUUCAGCAUCCACCCGGGCCGGCUAUGCCAGGACCAGUGCUUCUACUGCGGAGGGAAGUUCGGACUGUUCGACACGCCCUGCCAUAUCGCCCAGAUGAAGAGCGCUGAAAGACAGAAGAAGGUUUUGGACAACGAGGAGAAGCUGACGAGCGACAGCUGUUUAUGCGACGCGUGCUUCCGCCACGUAGACCGGCGCGCCAACUGCCCGUCCUACCGCAAGCGCCCGCUCGUCAAGCAGCCCACCGAUACCCUGAUGAUGACCUCAGCUCUCGACGUGAGUCAGCCCGAGAAGCCUCCGAGCCCUACCGAGGAGGAGAGCGAGGACGAACCGACUCCAGGCGAGGCGGGACGGCGCGCCACGUGCCACACCGAGGCCUGCGCCGCGCCCGCCGACCACUCCAUCCGCCGCAAGUGGCUCAUCAAGAUGCGCUCCAGCGUCAACAAAGUGCUAAAGCUAGAGUGCGACUACCCAGGCCUGCACACGAUCCCGCUGUGCGCGGAGCACCACCGCGCGCUGGCGCCGCUCAUGGCCUGCCGCCUGUGCCGCCGCCGCAUCACCAAGCACCACAACGUGCACUUCAUACACCACGUGAGUACUGGUUUUGCCAGAGUGUACCCUAGUAGCUGGAGUGUACCCGGGCCCGCACACAUCCCGCUGUGCGCGGAGCACCACCGCGCGCUGGCGCCGCUCAUGGCCUGCCGCCUGUGCCGCCGCCGCAUCACCAAGCACCACAACGUGCACUUCAUACACCACGUGAGUACUGGUUUUGCCAGAGUGUACCCUAGUAGCUGGAGUGUACCCGGGCCCGCACACAUCCCGCUGUGCGCGGAGCACCACCGCGCGCUGGCGCCGCUCAUGGCCUGCCGCCUGUGCCGCCGCCGCAUCACCAAGCACUACAACGUGCACUUCAUACACCACGGCUACCUGGAGUUGAACCCUUUGCUGAAAGAGGCGGGCAUCCCGGUGCAGUUUACAGAACGGCCACUGCUGUGUAAAGUGUGCCGCUUUUAUUGCACGCUGCUGCAGCGCUCGGGACAUGACGACAACCAGGCCAAGGGCUACCGACGCAAGUUACUUCAAAUACACAACGUGGCGGUGCCUCCUGAAAUCCAAAAUGAGCCGAUGGACGCUAUUAUGCAGGAUGAGAGCAUCGCCAAUAAACAGAAGAAAAAGCAGCGCAUCAAGUCCAAACAGAGGAAAUCCUCAGACCCUGACAAGACGGGAGACAGUGAGUCCUCAGAGAGAACCACGCCUCACGACGAAGGCUCCUCCCCUGAGAAAGUCAAGGACGAACAAAGGACCGCCCAACCCCUCGAAGAAGACAUUGAAAGCCUGAUCUCCUCAAACAAAAUCCUAGUUCCUGGAGCCAAACCUCCUUCAGAACCAAACGCUCAGAGUGACGGAUCAGAGUCAGAAACAUUAGACAUGGAUAUGCCUCUCCUGCCUUUAGAUAAACAGACAGAGCUUCAAUAUUUGCUGCAAAAGCAAAACAACCCGGCGCAGUUCCUGCAGAAAACGCAGGUUCUGAACAAAACUGCGAAUUUGACGCAGAAGCAGAGAGAUAUUAUGAAGCUACAAGCUAUGUCUGGCGUCCACAAGCCAGGUCAGCAGCAAAGAAUUAAUGACAAAAACGCCAAGAGAAUACACAAAUUGGGUCAAAUAGUCGCCCACAAAGACAAGACCGUCCGAAAGGACGACCUAGAAAUAUUCGACCCGGACAAAUGCAAAGAUGGAGGCAUACCUGUACCCAAAAACAUAUCCCUAAACGACGAGUGCACCAUAGAAACUAUCCCUAACAAGAAACCAGCUGAUAUCAACACUCUGAAAAACAAAUGGCAGAUGUCGGAAAGUUUCACUCAGGUGAAGAAAAACCUGAGUGAAUUAUCAAAGAAACUAUCAACGGGUGAGGCUAAAGAGCAGAAGAAAAGUGACAUGAAAUACUCAAAUCCUGUUCGUCGUCUAGAGACCAAUCCUUCCAUAUCCGUCCGGGAAUUGUUCCCAGGUGAAGAGGAGAUGAACUUGCAAUGUAAUAUUGAGUUCAAUAAUGUGAAAGGUGUGACGCCCGAGGGCUGGGAGAAGUGCUCCAGCGUGAUUCAGUACGACGCAGAUACGAGGCGUCUGUGGCACGAGCUGCAGCGGCCCUAUGGGAACCAGUCUUCCUUCCUACGCCAUCUGCUGCUGCUAGAAAAAUACUUUCGCAGCGGGGACUUAGUAUUGGCCCACGGCGCCGCGCCUCACGCUGCCAUGUACAGCGAUUCAGUCCAGGCCCGGCUCCGCGCAUAUGAUAACAUUCCCAGCGAGCCCAGACGGGACCCGCCCGUCAGCCUCAUAGAAUACCGCAAGAAACCAUCUGUAAACGGAAAAAGUCUCCUCAAAUCAAAUCAAGACAGCGACAAAGACCCGAAGAAGUCAAUGCCGCCGCCCCCAGGCGUGUUACCCAAGCCGAAAUCCAAAUCCAGCGAGAAGUCAAAGUCAAAAGCACUGCCACCAGAGCUGAUAGCGAUUAAUACUCCCAACGCUCAAGGCCGCAAAGCGAUUCAGAACGUCCUGCACAAUAUUCAGCAGCUAGUGAAGGGUGUAUCGGCGUCGGAUCCUACUGAAGUCGCAGCGGCGCCUUUGCCUCCGCCCAUGCCGCCGGCGCCGGUGCCGAUAACGCCGGUACCGGUGAAGGAGGCGCCGCGGGAUAAGAAGGAGGCGCCGAAAGCGGACACGCCCAAGAAACAGAAGACUAGCAGCAAGCCGUGGCGGCCCACGCUCAUGCCUAUUACUGCGGAGAACCUAGCGAAGAUCGCCCGCGAGCCCACACAAGUGGCGGUCGACGGGCGCGCGCUGCCUUCCCUAGUGCAGGUGAUGUCUUCGGGCACGCGCUACCACAUCACGCUGCAGGACUACAACAAGAUGUGCGUCAUGCGCCGCGAGAAGCUCCAACAACUCCAAGAUGGCCGCCGCGACAACGAGCCCGUCGUCACUGAAAUCCAACCCUCCACCCUCCUCGGCAACGGGGGCACCCUCGUCCAAAACAUCCCCCAGGACGACAAAACCCCCGACAAAGCCGACCCCGAAAUCAUCGUCCAACCCAUCGGCUCCAACGCCGCGAACAUUCUCAAGAACGUCGGCCUGAAGAACAUCACGAUCGCGCCCAUCCCGCCGAAGACGGCCACCGUCACCUCGCAGACGGCGCCCGCGCCCUUCGUGACGUCGCCGUCGCUGCUCGUGACGUCGACGCCGGUCAAGCUGCCGCAGCUGGGCCCGGCCGUGUCCGUCACGAGCGAGACGGUCCCGGCGGUGUCUCCUAUAGUCGCGGCGAGCCACAUGGUCCUGCCGAAGAUCCCGAAGUCCCUGACGGUGAUCCCGCAGACCGUAGCGGCGCCCGAGCCGCGCCCAUAACGAAGCCUGAUCUUCGUGGUGGUGUAGCGACCGCCCGCGACUGCGCGCGAGUGACGUCACGCCGCGCGAGUGACGUGGCGUUGUGCAGUCGGACUCCUAGUGUAUCGAACCCCGUAAAUUAUUGAUGACGCCUAUUUUCGUAUCGCGUGUGGUGUAGUGUAGCGCCGGACGGUGUGCGCCGCCGAGGCGAUGCAAUAUGAUAAGUGAGACACCGGUUGAGCCUUAUAAUUAUACUGUGUAUUAUAGUAGUGUAGGAGGACGUUUUUGAGCGCUGUGAAUUAUGGACGAGGAUCGUGUUGAAUAUAUUGUACUCUCAAAUAUUAGGUUUUAUUAUUUUAUUUUGUGCAAAUGAUACGAAGGUCUUUGUGAAUUACGAUUCGUUUGUUUCAUGUCGUGUUUUAAAUUGGAACCACCUAUAUUUAUGGUACACUUCCUGUGAGAACCUGAUAUGUUCAUGAGUAAAGUGAUGAUAGUAAAAAAUAUUUUAUGAUAGAAGAAAUAUUUUCCUACAAUAGCUAACUAAAUCACUAUUCUUUCUAUAUAUGUAUAAUAAUAUACUUACAUAUUAGGGAUGCUAGGAACGUAAUCAUUAAAUUAAGAUAUCCCAUGAACUGUCGUAAAUAUUGUAUAUUAUUGUAUCAAAUAGUUACAUAACUGUACUGCCAAUUAUUGAUGAGUCAUAAGACUAAAACAAAUAGUAUAAUAUAUCCAUGUAAGCAACACAAACUGUAGAGAAAAUAUACAUUCAAAAUUCUCUAGUCAGGUUUUAUAAUGCAUUUAUAAUUUAUUUGAAUAAUUCACGAAGAAACCCGCUGCCCCGCACCUCGUAUCAUUUGCGUGAAUGUAGACAAUUAUUAUGUAUAGAUAUGUAUAGCAUUAACGAUAUGUUGAAUAUCAUUGGAGCAUAUUUUUCCAUUGUUGUAUUUUAAGAUUUCCUACUGAAUAACCUAUGUACGCAAUAGAAUAAUAUAGAACACUAAAACUACCAAAAAAUGUCUUUUCACCCACUAAACAAAUUCUACCUACCUACAUUUAAACUGUAUGAAUGAACUCUUAUUCAUCACAAUUUACACUAUCCUCAUUGUAAACUAAUAAAGAAUAAGUAUUGAAAAUGACAUUGGUCCUUAUUUAGAUGUAACUUUUAUUAUACAUUAAUAUAGUAAACCCACAUAACAUACAUUGAUGAAUGAUAAUUACUUAUAUUAAAUGAUCUUACUAUUGACAUAGUACCAGGAGUAAAUUAAUGGUACACACAACAAAAUUACAAAGAAGUGAUUAAAUUCGUGCCUAAUUAAGGUAACAAUUUAAUAAAUACAUAGCGUAUGUUACAUACAUAGCACAGCAGACAUGUACAUACACAGAACCAGAUGAGUGAAGUUUCGAUUUUAUAUUCAUAGAGCUCAUGGUUGAAAAUUGUAUGUUAAAUACAUAUUAUAUAUCUAUUGUUGAGAAUUACUAGUAUUUUAUUUUGGUCCACUAAUAGAUUACGGUCCAAUGUUAACUUAGGUGUUGUACAGCAGUUUGCUAAGGCGAUGGUUUGCGCGAAGAAUCAUGCUCAUUUGACAUUCACGAAGUGAAGUUUGCUUUGGAAGGCAUCGCCUUAUCAGAUAAUUUGAAUGUUAUUAUAAUACUGCUAGGUAUUUUAGUAUUUGGAAGUUUCAUCACUGUUUUCAUAUUUUUUUUGAUCGGUUGUCAUCGAGGUUAAAUGCUGACAGGUUUUUGAACAAAUUGUAGGCCCUCAUAGCCCGGAUGCUUAGUUUCUUCCAAAGAUAGUGUGUUAGUUUACAAUAUUAUUAUUAUUUUUUAGUUUUAUGUUCGGCACGCGACUGUCCGCUCGUGCCGGAGGUAUGAAUUGUCUAAUAAACAUAUCCUUAUCUCCUGAA